AUGCCUCGGCCUGGACCUAGACCUUACGAGUGUGUGAAACGAGCUUGGCAUAGCGAUCGUCAUCAACCUAUUAGAGGUUCCAUUAUCCGCCAGAUUUUCAGGCUCGCCAUGGAAGCACACAGUGCAGCGACGAGGAAGAACAAGGAGUGGCAGGAGAAAUUGCCUGUAGUUGUCUUAAAAGCAGAGGAAAUCAUGUACUCUAAAGCCAAUUCCGAGGAAGAGUAUACAGAUGCUGAUACAAUGUGGAAUAGGGUAAACGAUGCGAUUGAUACAAUCAUUAGGAGAGAUGAGAGCACUGAAACUGGCCCUCUUUUGCCUCCUUGUGUUGAAGCUGCUCUUAACCUUGGAUGCAUUGCUGUGAGAGCAUCAAGAAGCCAAAGACAUAGCAACAUAAGGACUUAUCUAGGUCCAAAAAUUCAGGAACAGGUCCCUGCGCCGCAGAGUAAUGAGCCGCCAUACCAUCAUGAAUAUCAUCAUCAGGCUCAAAAAUCCACCAAACCAAGCCUUACCUCUCAAGCUGCGAUCCCAGUGGAUGUUCUUGAUAACAACAGCAACAAGCACGUACCUGCUGCUGGGCCUCGCGGUUACCCAUUUCUACAUGAAUCUAUGCAGAUGCAUCAAAAGCCAUUGGCAAGAAAGCAAGGGACAAGCACUGCUCCAGCUCAAGCUCAAGCUCAAGCUCAAGGUCCAGGUCCAGGUCCAAUCAACUUGGGCUCAGUCUAUUCUCUGUAUUACGGAGGUAAUAAUAAUAAUCAGACUCAGCAAGUGGACAUGUCUUUUAGAGUCCCCGAAGCGCCUAUAAUCGUUGGCAUGCCUAUUGGUAUAAAGGCUCCAGAAGAAGCGCUCUGUGAUUUAUCCUUGAGGCUCGGUAUAUCUUCAGAACCACCACACUCUACAAGAAUAGAAGUUGGGUCGAGUCGGGCUUACAGUGGAAGAAACCAAGAAGAGUUGUGUUUGUUCUCUGAGGUGAAGAAGAAGAAUGGUAUGUUUGAUUGGUUUUCAAAUUACGAAGGUCAGAAUUCAGAUUCCAGAGUUAAAAAGCACAAAACGUUUUGUGGAGACUCUCUUUAG